CGUGAACUGCUUGGCUGCUGUGCUGUGUCGCUCAUCAUAAACCUGCCGAUUUUCACUGAUUCAUCAAAAAAUGUUUAACUGAGAGUAAUUUUAUCUUUUGCACAAACUGAAGCAGGGAAGGAUGUCGUAUCCAUACCAUAUGGAGUCUGAUGACUCUUUUGAUUAUCUGUUUAAAAUUGUGUUAAUCGGCGAUGCCGGAGUAGGUAAAACUUGUGUUGUGCAGCGAUUUAAAUCUGGAACUUUUCUGGAGAAACAACAUAGCACAAUCGGAGUGGAUUUCACAAUGAAAUCACUAAUCGUUGACGGCAAGAAAGUUAAGCUUCAAGUUUGGGACACAGCUGGUCAGGAGCGUUUCCGAACUAUCACCCAAAGCUAUUACCGGAGUGCAAAUGGUGUCAUCAUCGCGUACGACAUCACAAAGAAGGAAACGUUCAAUAAUGUACCACGGUGGAUUGAAGAUGUGCAGAAGUAUGCUGGAAAUGCAGUAGCACAAGUUUUAAUAGGGAACAAGAAGGAUCUGGAGGAGUUGAGACAGGUGGAUUUUUCGGACGCCCAGGCCAUCGCACAACACCACAGUAUGAUCCAGUGUUUGGAAACAUCAGCAAAAGACUCCACCAAUGUGGAACAAACAUUCGCCCUGCUGGCGCGGGAACUCAAAUCUCGGCACGCUGGGGGACCAGCACUAGAAGGCGGAGACAGUUUAAAACUGAACUACAAUGCCAAAAGGGUCGAUGGAUGGAACUGUUGUGGUUGAUGGUUGGACGACAUGAUCACCUUUGUUGGUCCCAUUGUGUUUAUAAAUUAAUACUGUGAAUAAUAUGUAUUAAGGAAAUGCUGCCUCAGAUGAUACUGUAGCAGUUACGCUGUGUUGAAUGGUGGAUAGAGUAGACUCCUGCUACAUACAUGUACGCCUUCAGUGGCCAUCUUUGUCUGAUACCCUGUGUGAUACACACAAUGUAGUUCAAAUUCUCAUCUCAUAAAAAGGGACCAGACUAUUCCUUUUGCAGUCUCGGUUUAAAGGGUUUGUGUACUUUUUGUAACACAGAACACAACGGCCACAGAUUAACACUUACACCGUUUGAAGAUAAUGAUAGUAGAAAGCGUACCUUAAAAUAUUAGUUGC